UCAUCCCUUGGACAAUACUUGGACAUUACAUGUUCUUUUGUUAUUCAGAGUUCCGCUAUAGCUUGGAAUUGUAUUCCCUUGACUGGGACACAUGUUUGGAUGUCGUUGUUGACACGGUGAAAGAAAUAUGGGAUCUAGACCCAGUAUCCCGGUGGUGCUGCUACCACGGGAUACGGUUGCCAUAGUAACUGGCGCAAAUUCAGGAAUCGGAUAUGAAACAGCCAAAUACAUUGCAAUGAUGGGAGCUAAAGUGGUUUUGGCUUGUAGAGAUGAACAGAAAGCAAACGAGGCAAUGAGGCGAAUGGAUGCAGAAUUUCAAGAGGAGAAGAGACGGAACUCUUUGAACAUUAUCAGAGAUAACCAUUUAUCUGUAGAAUUCAUGAAGUUAGAUUUAGCCUCUUUGGAUUCUACAAUGAAGUUUAUCGAAACAUUCAAAGCCAAGUACAACCGACUGAAUCUCCUUAUUUGUAACGCUGGUGUUUACUCGAAGAAUAAAGUGAUGACAGAAGAUAAUUUUGAGUUGACAUAUCAGGUGAAUUAUCUGGGCCAUUUUCUGAUUGUUGCUCAUCUGAUUCCCCUUCUGAUGAAAUCAGGAAAGGACUGUCGCAUUGUGUUUGUCUGCAGUGAGGCACACCAUAAAGCGAAGUUUGACGUUAAUCUCGCCGAGCAUGGAAAAUCCAAUCCGUUUGACGCCGACUCCAUCUAUAACAACACAAAACUAUUCCAGAUUAUGCAAAUGUACUGUGUUGAUAAGAUUCUUCUCGAUUCUGAUGUGGAAGUCUGCUGUGUAAAUCCCGGAACAGUGGACACGGAACUGUUCCGGACUGCACUACCUGAAGGGCAGCCGGGGGUUCGAAAAUUUUGCAUGGAUUGUUUCGGACAAAUUAAGACCCCUCACACAGGCUGUGCCACGACUGUAUAUGCAGCUGUGAACCCGGAACUUAUUGGUAUAAGUCGUGGAUAUUACAAACAUUCAAGAGCUGCCCCCAGCUGGCCCAGCAAAACAGGAAGAGACCCUGAAUAUCAAAAUUUUCUUUGGAGCUGUACAAGGGAACUUCUGAAGAAAUACAUUCCUCCUGAGAUCGACAAGCUUUUAGACAUAACGAUAAACGUUAACAACAAACCCAAAAAUUAAUAGACAUGGUGUGUUCUAAUGUUUGAAUGUACAGAUCAGCCAAUUUUUAUCUUAUUGCAUAAUUUUGAUUUUAAGGAUUAUCUUCCAAGAUUGGUAAAUGCUGGCAAAUUUUCAUGUUUAGGUUUCCUUCCUUUUCAUUAAUCUAUCAUAAAACCUUCAUUGUAAAAUAUCUGAUGAAUGUCUUCAAUGACUCCUUCCGUUUGCUUUAUGCUUUUGUUGUAUUUUUUCCCAUCUUAACAGUUAAUAUUAUAAUUUUAUUCUCGCAGAUUUUGAGUUCUAAAUAAAGAAAUGACAAAAACGCUGAAAUGAUACGAACAUAUAUGUUUAUAAUGUACAAAUCUAAUACAUAAAACGGUUUUAUCAUAAACAACAAAAAUGGCCACAAAUUCAUAGCUAUAUGUCGUAUUUAUUAAAUGAGCAUUUGUAAAGAAGAUGUUAAAAAAAAAUCAGAAGUUGUUUGUAUGUGACUAAAGGAGACUAUAGGUGAAAAUUAUCAUUAAGGUGGACAGGGUAGUCUAUUUGGUAUAAAGAUAGGAUUUUUCUUUAUAUACAGUUUAAAUUAAACAAUAUAUUAGUAACAGAAGUGAAUAUGAUUGGGCAGCAGGCUCAGCUUAUUUUAGCUUUCUUCCUAUAUCUAGGACAAAGUGAAUACAUAAAGUUUAAACAAAGCAGAAAACAAAGCAAAAAGUAAUGAUGUACCAAAGAAGAAAAAAAGAGAAUUAAACAGUAAAUAAAAUUACAGAGAAAAAUGAGCAAAAUUACAGAGAAAAUUAGGCAAAAUUACAAAGAAAUACCGGUUUGGAAAUAUAACAUUCAUGUAUAUAUGACAGUGUUUUAUAUAACGUUUUGUUGUUGCUAUAGAUGUAUGUACAGCUUCAAAUAUUUGAAUAUUGAUAUUAAGUCCAUGAUUAGGACUACCAUUUAAUAACAAUUCAUAUUCUGAGAGAUUGUCACAGUUUAUAAUAUUAUGUUUUGAUUGAAAAAGUACGUCUAUUGGAAAUUUAUAAUUUGGACAUACAAAAAGUAAUGGUAGGCAUCAACAGAGUCAGUGCAAUGUUCACACAUUGGAGUUUCUGAUAAACUUUUACAUACACAAUUUGUCCCAGAUGCAAGAAAUGAUUUUUUUCUAAGGUUCUUUUAAAAUUUCUUUAGAGUCAAUUGAAAACUACGUUAAAAUCUAAAAUGAAAACUACGUUUAAAUCUAAGAUAUUCUUUAAUUAUAUAUAUAUGUAAGUUAUUCUUAGAUUAAAAACACCAAAUCCGUCCAAACCAACGGAAAGAAUUGUUACAAGACAAUUAAGUCUUUAAUUUACAGUUUCCUAAUAUGAUUAUUUUAAGGAUGUAAAGAAAUAUUGAAUUAUAUAAA